GGAAGAGCUGGGCAGAGGUACGUGUAGGUUGAAGUCUGAAUGGCGAGGGCGAGGGUGAGAGCGGUGGCGGAGUGGCCCUGCGGGUAGCCACCAUGACGAAAUUAGCACAGUGGCUUUGGGCACUGGCGCUCCUGGGCUCCGCCUGGGCGGCCUUGACCAUGGGGGCCCUGGGCCUGGAUUUGCCUUCGCCAUGCCGGGAGGUCCUGUGGCCACUGCCUGCCUACUUGCUGGUGUCUGCCGGCUGCUUUGCCCUGGGCACUGUGGGCUACCGCGUGGCCACUUUUCACGACUGCGAGGACGCCGCCCGCGAGCUGCAGAGCCAGAUCCAGGAAGCCAGAGCUGACUUAUCCCGCAGGGGGAUGCGCUUCUGAUACCCGAACCCCAUUUCCGCUUGGACAGCCCCUCCCUCCCAUCCCCCAUUAAAGAACAAGUUUACUUUCUAA